UAAAUCUAUUUAUUUUAUGUGGGUGAACUUAUGAACUUUUUUAAUACAUAUAAGAAGAAUCUGUAUAUAUUCUUACUUCUCAGAUAUACAUAUGUACCUUCAUUAUGUAGGUUAACAUAUUUAAAUUCCGUCUUACACAUUUAACGUUAAUGCCAAGAUCGUUCUAACUCAAAUAUUUCAAAAAUUGAUUGAUUUCACCUUUAUCCUAAAUAUAUGUUAUUCAUAAAAUUCAUAAUGACAAAAAACUCAGCUGACAUUUGACAAGUAUAUACACAACAAGAUAAUGUAGCAAAGAAAUUACUCAGUAGUUAGAAUUAGCUCUAAGGAAAUAGUUACAUAUUUGUUGGAAAGUUAUAAGUUUUAUAGGUUCUCGAUGACGUUGUUAUAUUAUUAUUUAACUAUUUUUAUAUUAUAAUAAAACACUGUCUGAAAACUAAAAAAUAAAAUAUUUUUGUAUGUCUGUACAUGCAUGCUUGCAUUUGUUCUUCAGAAUUAAAAAUAAACAAUAAGAGAAAAUGAAAAUAAACAGAAAACGAAAUUAGCUUAUCUUAACGAAAAUAAAAUUAAAAUUUUCCAAGCUGAUAAAUAGAAUUGUAAAUUUUUAGUAACUUGCUUGGACUUAAAUCUCUAUGCAGACACAAACGGGAAUGGAGGCUACUGAACUUGACAAGGUUGAAAGUUUCAUGUCAUCAGGUGAAAAAUAUAGAAAUGAGUGGAACUAUUUGAUAGCAAGUCUUGAUCCCAAUGUAGAUCAAUUGCGUCAAUUAGCUUAUAACGGUGAUUUGAAAGUUUCAAAAUUUCGCAGUGUUUGUUGGUCAGUACUUUUGAGGGUCCUGUCUUCUAAUCCAUUGGAUUGGCUGGAUCAAAGAGAACAACAACGAAGAAGGUAUCAAAACUUAAAAGAAGAAUUUGCAAAAAACCCUCAUAACAACGUCUUAGUGAAUGAUAACCCUUUAUCACAAUCUAAGCAAAGUUUAUGGAAUCAGUACUUCGGGGAUCAGGAAUUGUUUUCUAUCAUAAAACAAGAUGUUGUGAGAACAUUUCCUGGUGUAGAUUUCUUUCGAAAGCCGUUUGUGCAAGAUGCUAUGACUAACAUUUUGUUUUACUAUGCUCGAGAACAUCCUUAUAUGUCAUAUAGACAAGGAAUGCACGAAAUUUUGGCACCAAUAUUAUUUGUGAUGUUUUACGACCAUCAAUCUUUACUUCAUUUCAAGGAACUUUCCGAAAAUAUUGACAAUCUCUUAGCUACUGUUUUAAAUCCGGAUUUUUUGGAAGAAGAUUGUUAUUCGAUUUUUUCUCGGUUGAUGUCUUCUAUUGAAUCUUAUUAUCGUAUCGCAAAUAUGAUACCGACAACUGAAGGGCAUUUCCCUGCAGUUAAUGUAGGCGAUGAUUUCAAGCAAACAUCCGAAGUAGAAGUGAUAGGUCAAUUGAAUUAUAUCAGAGAAAAUAUUUUACGUAAAGAAGAUCCAUAUUUAUACAAUCAUCUUCAAGAACUGGAAAUUCCUUUACAUUUGUUUGGGAUUCGUUGGUUACGUUUACUUUUUGGCCGCGAAUUUCCAUUACUUGAUCUCUUAAUGCUGUGGGAUGCCAUUUUCGCUGAAAGCGAUAAUUUUCAACUACCAAAUUACAUACUUGUUGCCAUGCUUAUUAGAAUUAGGGAUAAAUUAAUUUUGAAUGAUUAUACAUCUUGCCUCACUUUACUGAUGAGAUACCCAAAUAAUAUUGACAUCGGACUGGUUUUACGUCACGCUUUAUACAUGUGCUUUCCAGCAGACUUUGAACAACCGCACAAUGCUUUUAUCUACUUGCCCAUUGAAAAUGAAAAUUCAAAGCAAAGGCAAAAAACACAUUCCUAUCAGUUUCCACAGUUUCGUCAGACUAAUACACUGCCCAGAAAACAACAAAAGGCUCUUAAAUCUUCUGUUAGUGAAGAUAGUGUUUCGGUUGAAACAGAGACCUCGCGAAGGGAUCGUUCGUCGUCUUUAACAAUCAAGCGCAAUAACACUGGUAGCCCAAAAAACAAUGGAAACUCAGAAAGUCCAAUACGACAAAAUGACACUAAUAAUACAGUGGAAAAGUUACACCAAGCGAAUAUGGAAAAUUUAAUUCGUAUAGAAAAAUUCAAAGCUUCCAAUAACGCUGCCGAAAAUGUGAUAUUAGAUGGUUAUUCUGUAGGGAGUUCUGAGUAUUUGCGACUACAGUUACAAAACGCUCAAACUAUUAUUAACGUUAGUCAGCUGAAAUUAAAAAAAUAUUUGGAAACCUUACGUAAAUAUUCUCGUAAUGGACCAGAUGACUUAUGUCAGGCUGUAGAUGGAAUCGGGGAGUUAUGUGCCUUUCUUGAUGUAAAAAUUUUUACGCCUUCGUAUAUACAAUUGCCUAUAGAUGCUGCGUUCGAAGCCAAUGAAAAUCAAAUAAAAAUUGAAAAAAGUAAUAUUUCUCCGGAUUCUAUUGCAUCCCGUUCAUCCAAAUCAAAGUCUUCUUCCGUUUCUGCUGAAUCUAAAAACAGUAAUAAAGAUAAAAUUAAAAAUUCUUCAAUCAAUAAAAGAAAUUCAAACCUUACUGAUGCUGAAAUGAAAAGUGAAUUCGUCAAAAUACUAGAAUCGACAAAACAUCCCUACGAAAUUGAAAUCGGGAAAGAUAGCAGUGUUAUCGACUUUAAACAAAACACAAAAAGUGAUUUACUCCAAACAAUUCCAAGUUCAUCAAAUUCUACAGUUAAAGGCUGUACACGCUAUGAAAUACCUGAAACUUUCAUGCAAAAUACCUUAAAGAUAUUAGGAACUCGAAAAGACUUAGAACUGACAAUAUUCAGUGAAGGAAAAGGUUCGGAAAGUGAAGGAGGUUUGCCUAAUAUUGACCCACUUACUUUGACAAACAAUAUGAAAAAAAAAGAAAAUACAAUAACCGACUGAAAUUUUUGUGUAUAAAUAAUUUUUACCUGCAGAUUAUGUAUUAAUAAAUUUUAUGUUAAAAAUAACAUUUUUACUCUUACUAAUAAAAAAGAAAUUUGGUACUUUUA